AACGUUUUUUGCAUAACCCUGUCAGAGGUCGCUUUACAAAGGAAAGCACUGUGGGGGAUGAGGCAUUGGAUGUAUACCUGGAAACAAACCCUGUGCAGGAUGGAUAUUAAGAUUUACAAGGCCUCCCUGAUAUGCCUUCUAUUUGUCAUAUUGAAAGAGUCGUGGGCAAAGACUGCCAUUCCCACAGAUCAUAGGACGGCUCCCAGUACCGCUACCACUCCCACUGUAGCUGAAAGCACAGCAACCACAGUUGCUAACUCCACCCCGGGAAAUUUCUUAGAGCAAACCACAAACUGGCACAGCACCAAGACCAAUUCAGUCAACUCCACUGCAUCAGAAAUAAGAACAACAGCUUUCACUGAGAAGUCGACAAAGAUUCAAACCAAUCCUGCAUCUACUCCAGCGUCAUCUACCAGAAUGCCACAAAACCCUAAAGCUGUUGUCUGGGAUCCAAAGUGGGACAAACCAUUCACCUAUGACUAUGAAUCUCUGCGAUAUGCUGGCUUAAUAAUUGCUGGUGUACUUUUCGUUAUGGGGAUUAUGAUCAUUGGCUGUGGCAAGGUCUGUCGGCUGCCCAAGUGUCACAAGAAGUCAUCAAAGUCAUAUCGUGUGGUGCAAGGAUAAGCAAACGUGCAAACAUUGGCAGCCAUGGAAAGGUUCAAGAAAUUACGCAGAUCUCUGUGCAUUCGGGGGAAAAAUACUCUGCUAACACCUGGCAACAUGUUUGUGCGUGGAGAGACAGACAACGUGCUGCUUGGUUACCGUCGUGGGAGUUUGAGUAAACAAAUCUUGAUGCAAACUAUUAAGUGGAAAAACUGGAACCUGUUGCCUCUGUAAAACAAAACUGCACUGGAAUGUAAUUUAAUUUUUAAUAAAAUAAAAGCUCCAUUUUAGUUCAUAGAAGCUGUUAUAAAACUAGACUUAUUCUAGUGGUAUGUUGUUUUGAAAACGUUUAUAACUAAAAGUCAAAAGCAAUAAACACAUUUACAGACUUAAGAAUCGCAACUACUCUUUACACAUGAGAAUUAUGAAUGAAGCGUACACAUGAAAAUAAAAAUAAUUUUUUUUUUUUUUUAAGUUUCGAAGCUGAACUUUAAAAAAGUAUGUAUGUUAUAUGAGAAAAGUCUUAUUAUAAACAAUCACUGGCACAAUAUCAUUGCAUACAUAUGGUAUUUCAAUUACACAAACAACAGAUUAAGUUUUAUAGCACAUUUAAUGUCAAAAUAUGGACAAAAAUCCCACCAUAGAUUUAUAUAUUUACAUAAUUUUCCCCAUUCUAAUCGCCAUUAGAACUAAUAAAAGGUGUCUUUGUCUGUGCAAAUUGAUGAUGGUAUUUUUGGAAGAUAUUAACACAUCAAUUACUAGUUCUGAAAAUUACAUGAAUACCUCAUUAAAUGUCUUUGGCAUAGAAAUACAUAUAAAAAAGUGCAGCGUUGAUUUAAACUUAUUGCUAUAAUAAAACAUGAAUACAUAUUUUACAGACUUUUGCAAUCAUCAGAAUUCCUCACAAAAGAUAACCCUUAAGCCAUUUUUAUUACUUUGAAAAAUACAAGUUUUACUUAGUAAAUAUAUUCUACUUAAACUUAACUCAUGACCUCCAUGCUUUUAUCGUUGAAUACUCAAGCACUUCUCAAAUUUGCAUUAACCAAUGAUUUCUAACAUGACUGCAAAAUGGGUUACAAACAUUAAAAGGUGUUUAAAACUUUUUUCCUAGAUAAACUGCAGCAACAACCAUAACGGGUUAGAUUAAAUGCA